AUGAACGACUAAGAAAAUUGUCCAUUAGAGGAUGAAAAUAUUCCUUUGAAUUAAGUUGAAGUGAAACAAUUAAAAAGAAAAAAAGGAAACUAAUAUUGCUUUUGGUUUAGAAAUGAUGAGCCAUUAAUAACAAUAGGACCUCAUUGUAAAUUAUUUUUUUUCUAAUAGAAGGGCCAUUUCCCUUGUUUCUUAUAGUAAUUUUGAUUUUGGGAACUUAUUAUAUUGGAUUCAUAUUCUAUAAGACCGAGAUAUUAUUUAGAAUUGUGUAAAGUUGUUCAGGAUUGUUUUUAAUAUUAAGUUUCAUAUUUACUUCUUUAAAAAACCAAGGAAUUAAUUACAUAUAAUCAAAUACUAUUUUUCUAGAGAGUAUUGAAUAAUUAAUUAUGAAUAGAUUGGUGCUCAAUUUGUUAAAUGAAUAAAGUUAAAGGAACAAUACAUUGUAAAGAUUGCAACAUUUGUAUCAGAGGUUAUGAUCACCAUUGUAUAUGGAUUGGUAAAUGUGUAGGAGAAGGAAAUUAAUUUGCGUUCAAUGUAUUUAUUUUGGCUUUUCUUGUUUUUUUUGUUAUUAAUUAUGUUCUGUUGUUAAUUUGA